GAUACGGUCAGUCAGUAGGUCGCUCGCAACCGCUUGGGCGUGGGGACAACACUCACGCACGAUUAGUUAUGUUCUAGCUAGAAUUAAGUAACACUUUAGUGCAAAUAGUUUUAAUUAAAAAGCUGAAUUAAAAAGUGAUGUGAAACUGAAACUAUAAGUGCUGUAUUCGCUCAAUAUUUUUUACUAACACAAAUCUUACAGAAGCCUUGAAUAUUAAAAUUACCUAAAAUAGAUUACAUGUUUUCAUCGUAGUUUUCCUUGGACCUAACUAUAUUAUCUAAGAAUAAUGUCUCGCAGAAGAUUGCUUAUCGGUGGCGCGGCAGGCGUCGCGGGCGCAGCUCUCGCCGCCUGGGCGGUGGCGGCCGAUGACACACCGGCGGAAUGGUACAAACCAGCGACAGUUUCAGCGAAAACCGAGCGCAAGAAGCGACCGCUGCCGUCGCGCGCGUCCCAGGUGGCUAACCUGCAAGCCGGACACACUUACGAUAUCCUCAUUGUGGGAGGAGGUGCGACCGGUGUUGGCUGCGCCUUAGAUGCCUGCACUAGAGGUCUCCGAACAGCCCUAGUCGAAGCCGAUGACUUCGCAAGUGGCACAUCGAGUCGUAGUACCAAGCUCAUUCACGGCGGUGUGCGGUACCUACAAAAGGCCAUCAUGCAGCUGGACUACGACCAGUAUAAGAUGGUGAAGGAGGCUUUGCACGAGAGAGCGAACAUGUUGGAGGUCGCCCCGCAUUUGACCAGACCUCUGCCUAUAUUGUUACCUGUAUACAAGUGGUGGCAAGUCCCAUACUACUGGUUUGGUAUCAAGAUGUACGACGUGGUAGCGGGCGACAGGAACGUGAAGAGCUCGUACUAUCUCUCCAAGAAGAACACUCUCGAACUGUUCCCUAUGUUGAAGUCAGACAACCUGUGUGGUGGCAUUGUGUACUAUGAUGGUCAACAAGACGACGCGCGCAUGAACCUGGCGAUAGCUCUGACGGCGGCCCGACACGGCGCCACCAUCGCUAACCACGUCAGCGUCACCAAGCUCUAUAAGACCGCUGGCAAACUCAGCGGAGCCAGGCUAAAGGACGAGAUGACUGGCAAGGAAUGGGACGUGAAAGCUAAGUGCAUCAUCAACGCGACGGGUCCCUUCACCGACGGCAUCAGGAAGAUGGAUGACCCCACUGUCAAGGACAUCUGCUGUCCAUCAUCUGGCGUGCAUAUCGUGUUGCCUGGAUACUACAGUCCUGAACACAUGGGUCUCCUGGACCCGGCUACGUCAGACGGCCGUGUGAUCUUCUUCCUGCCAUGGCUGAAGGGCACCAUCGCUGGUACCACAGACCUGCCCUGCAAGGUCACGCACAACCCCAAGCCCACUGAAGACGAGAUCCUCUUCAUCCUUACCGAAGUCAAGAACUAUUUGAACCCUGAUGUUGAAGUACGUCGUGGCGACGUCCUCUCCGCGUGGUCGGGCAUCCGGCCGCUGGUGUCGGACCCCAACAAGCCGGACACGCAGUCGCUCGCCCGCAACCACAUCGUGCACGUGUCGCCCGCCGGCCUCGUCACCAUCGCCGGCGGCAAGUGGACCACCUACCGCGCCAUGGCCGCAGAGACCAUCGACGCUUGCAUUGAGAGCGCCAAUUUGAAGCCCCUGUUCAGAGAAUGCCAGACCGACGGCUUCUUAAUAGAGGGCGCGCACGGGUGGACCCCAACUAUGUACAUUAGAUUAGUACAAGAUUUCGGUUUAGAGAUGGAAGUAGCACAACACUUAGCUAAGUCGUAUGGUGACAGAGCGUUCGCAGUCGCCAAGAUGGCGGCGAUGACUGGCAAGAGAUGGCCUAUCAUCGGAAAGAAGAUCCACCCUGAGUUCCCAUAUAUCGAUGCUGAGAUUAGGUACGGUUGCCGCGAGUACGCCUGCACGGCAGUGGACAUGAUCGCGCGGCGCCUGCGCCUGGCCUUCCUCAACGUGCAGGCCGCGGCCGAGGCCCUGCCCACUGUGGUCGACAUCAUGGCCGAGGAACUCAACUGGAAUGAGGCUGAGAAGAAGAAACAAAUCAAAGAAGCCGGCGAAUUCUUGGCCAACGAGAUGGGCCAGAUGGUGAACCGCGCCAGUCGCGACAAGAUCCCGAUCAACCUCAGCAAGGACGAGAUCCAGACCUACAUCAAACGGUUCCAGAUCAUCGACAAGGACAGGAAGGGCUUCGUCUCUAUCAACGAUAUUAGGAGGAGUCUUAAGAACUACGGCGAAGAGGUCACCGGGGAACAGUUGCACGAAAUUCUGAAAGAAAUCGACACUAACAUGAACGGACAAGUCGAACUCGACGAGUAUUUGCAGAUGAUGUCAGCCAUCAAGUCUGGUCACGUGGCUUACUCCCGGUUCGCGCGCAUGGCGGAGAUGGAGGAGGAACACCACGAGCAGGAGAUGCUCAAGAAGAAGAUCUCCGUCGAGAGGAGUGGCGGUGGCUUGUAGACCUCACGUGGUAACACCAUAGCAGCAAAGAACGCUAAGCAGACACAAGUAUUAUUUCUCAAAUGUAGAGUACAAUUAAUUGCGGUUCUUUAAAUAUUAAUUCUUUAUAUAAUUUAUAAAAUAAAAACUUCAGUAACUAAUUAGGUACAUCAUACGUCCUAUAUAUUUGUUUGAGACAAUGAUUUUUUUGAAUCAUUUUACGAAAUUUGGACAACAAGAAAAUAUGUUAAACAUUUUGAUUAUUGUUCCCUAGUUUUAAGAACAACGGAUUUGAUGUGAUUGUUUAUUAUAAGACGAUUUAUUUAUUGUUUUUUUUUUUAUUAUACAAGAAUUUACUUUCAAAUACCGACAUACGAUAUUUAUAAUUUGUUAUUUAGGUGUUUAUGUUGUGAUAUGUACUGCUAUAGCACCUAUUUCUAAAAGAUGUUAGACCUAGUCAAUUAUUUCAGCCUAAAAUCCAGAUAUUGUUAUUUCUCUUGUUUUUAUUGUCGCUGAAGCUUGCCUCUCGACACAAAAUGCGUUUCACUUGUAACGUCCAUGCUAAUAUUUCGCGAAAAAUAUUUGAGGGAUAUCAAAUCGACAAUUGCCUAUCGACCCUCUUAUCGAAUCUCGGUGUGGGCGAGACAUAAGAUAUUACACUUUUAUUACAAAACACUAUCAAAUGAAUACCUUUUACCAUUUAUUUAAAGUUCUUAAUGUGUUUAUUGUGCAAAUAAAUUGAUUUUAAAUCGAAAA